GCCUGACCCCCCUCGCUGCUCAUCAUCACUGCGCUGUUGCUGCUGCUGUCACCGUGUGUGUGUGUGCGUGUGUGUGUGAGAGAGAGAGAGAGAGAGAGUAAGUGUGUGUACGUGUGCAGGUCUUUGAUCUGCUUCCUCUCACAGGGACUUUAGUCAACUCCACGUCCAACGAGGCUUCUGUGCCGAGAAAACCUUCAUCCAUCCAUCGGUUCCCGACUCGGAGCUCCGGAGGACUGACACCUUAAACACAGCUCAUGGCCCUGAUGGUGAACGUGUGCUGGUUGUUGGUGCUGAGCGCCUGCUUAGUGCUGACGGUGCGAGCGGAGUGCACUAAGGAGUGCGCACUCUGUCUGUACAGCUCGUUAACGGCGCAGCAGAUGGACAGCAGCACCGGGCCCUGCACGUUGGAGUGUGGGAGCAGCGUGGACCUGAGGAAGCUGGGCCUCUGUCGAAACGCUCUGAGCAAAGACGAGCCUGCCACUGCGGAUCAACAACCCGAGUCUGACAGCGCCGAGCACCUCCUGUCCAAGAAAUAUGGCGGUUUCAUGAAACGCUACGGUGGCUUCAUGAUGAAGAAGGCAUCCGAAGACCUCAUGAAGGACGAAACUGAUGGAGUUUCCGACGAGGAGCUGGACGUCCUGAGGACGAUCCUGAGGGCGGGCCUGAACGCCGACGAGCCGGGCAAGGAGCUCCAGAAGCGCUACGGAGGCUUCAUGCGCAGGGUGGGCAGGCCGCAGUGGCUGGACGAGCCCAAAUCCUACGGUCUUCACAAACGCUGGGAGGAGGAGGGAGCGGAGAACGUGUUGCCCGAGACGCACAAGAGAUACGGAGGCUUCAUGGAUUAAGAGCUGAUGCAAAGAUUCAAGACUCUCAUCGUGGCAAAACAGUCCCUAAUGUGUGCAGAGCUUACCAGUUAAUGCUAAUUUAUCAUGAGAUUAAAGUCAUUCUAUAAAGAUGGAGAUUCAUCAUGGGUGAUCCUUUGUGCGACUCUUUUGAGUCAAUCAUAUUAGUGAAACAGUUUGAAAGCAAAACAAUGUUAUUAUUUUAAAUCCUAUGUACAUUUCUCAAAGUACAAUAAAUAAAAUAAAUCAAGCAGAGUACAAUUAAAUGAAAGCCUCUGAUUAUAUGUUUUUCACUGUCUUGCAGAAUAACUGUGCAUUAGAUUCACAAUAUUAAAAAAUAAACAAAAUAACCUAUAUUUUUAAACAAAUGGUAAAUAUUUACAUCGAUUUCAGUUAAAAACAGUCAUCUGUCAUGUAGAUACAAUAAAUAACGAUCAUACGACCUCAUGUUGUCAUUAGUUUCAUGGUGAAUCAAAUGAAUCAGUAUUCAAUUCAUUUAAAAGCUGUAAGUAGUUCAAAAGAAUCGAAUCCCCAUAGUGCAUCAUGAAGCCUGUCACCUUCGCACUUAUGCGUACAGUAUAUCUCCUGAAUAACGUCUGUUCAGUAGUUAAAAGUGAGUGGUUUUAGUGUUUUGUUUGAAUGUUUACACCAUGCCUUCCUCUAUCUAUCUAUCUAUCUAUCCAUCCAUCCAUCCAUCCAUCCAUCCAUCCAUCCCUGGUUUAUGGACAGAUGGAACCUGUCGAGUUCAGGAAUCACAAUCGCUGCUUUCUCCGUCAAGUGUUAAAGUGAUUUGUUUACACAAAAUCAUGCAAUUUCUUUUUUAACCAGUAGGUCCAAGAUUUCAUCCAGGUGUUUAUGAUAAUGGUGUGUUCCUCACGUUGAUGUCAAAAUGUGUAUCAAUCAUUUCCAAUUGAUUGGCUGUAAACAGUACA